CAUUCAUUUUCUUACUAAAAUAUUGUUCUAUGUACUUUUUUUUUUCUGUUAAAUUUAAUCUAAGCUGCAGGAAAGAGAAAAGGCAAUAAAAAAUAGAAGGGGGCAUGAAAAUUGAAAGAAAAACUCAAAAACAGUGUCUUUCUGAAGUUCCCAACUUGUUUCUGGCUACCACUUCAAUCAUUCAUUCACUGCAAAUAUAAGAAAAAGAAGGAUUAAAUAAUAGAAAGAUAGAUAGCUCAUAGAAGACAAAACACAAAAGUGUGAGAAAGAAUCAAAAGCCAUUUCCAUGUUACUUCCCUUCUUCAUUUGCUUAGAAUAACACAACCUGCAUUUGCUUUUGCUUUUUGACUUUACCAAGCUGAAGGGGGGAAGUGAAGGUCUUGUUCUUCAAUGGUGAGCAUGAGCUUCAAGCUCAUAAUGUGGAAUGUGCUUCUUCCCUUGCUGCUCCUGGCAUCUUCAUUCUUUGUUUCUUGUAAUGCUUCUGUGUCCUAUGACUCAAAGGCUAUCACCAUUAAUGGCCAAAGAAGGAUCCUCAUUUCUGGAUCCAUUCAUUACCCUAGAAGCACCCCUGAGAUGUGGCCAGAUCUCAUUCAAAAGGCUAAGGAAGGAGGUUUGGAUGUGAUUCAGACUUAUGUUUUCUGGAAUGGCCAUGAACCUUCACCUGGCAAAUAUUAUUUUGAGGGAAACUAUGAUCUGGUGAAGUUCAUAAAGUUGGUGCAGCAAGCAGGCCUUUAUGUGCAUCUAAGGAUUGGUCCUUAUGUCUGUGCUGAGUGGAACUUUGGGGGUUUCCCUGUUUGGCUGAAGUACAUUCCAGGUAUCAGCUUCAGAACAGACAAUGGCCCUUUUAAGUUUCAAAUGCAAAAGUUUACCACGAAGAUUGUCGAUAUGAUGAAGGCAGAAAGAUUAUAUGAAACUCAGGGAGGUCCAAUAAUUCUAUCCCAGAUUGAAAAUGAAUAUGGACCUAUGGAGUAUGAAAUUGGUGCUUCUGGUAAGUCCUACACUAAGUGGGCAGCAGAUAUGGCUGUAGGACUUGGUACUGGGGUUCCAUGGGUCAUGUGCAAACAAGAUGAUGCUCCUGAUCCUAUGAUUAACACUUGCAAUGGUUUCUAUUGUGAUUACUUCUCUCCAAAUAAGGCUUACAAACCAAAGAUGUGGACGGAAGCUUGGACUGCAUGGUUUACUGAAUUUGGAGGUUCGGUUCCUUAUCGACCUGCUGAAGAUUUAGCAUUUGCAGUUGCAAGAUUUAUACAGAAAGGGGGAGCAUUUGUCAAUUAUUACAUGUAUCACGGGGGAACAAAUUUCGGUAGAACUGCUGGUGGUCCAUUUAUUGCUACAAGCUAUGAUUAUGAUGCACCUAUUGAUGAAUAUGGACUUCUCAGGCAGCCGAAGUGGGGUCAUCUUAAAGAUUUACAUAGAGCAAUAAAACUCUGUGAACCUGCUUUAGUUUCGGGGGAUCCUGCUGUAACAAAGAUUGGAAACUAUCAAGAGGCUCAUGUCUUCAAAUCAGACUCAGGAGCUUGUGCUGCAUUCCUUGCAAACUAUGACCCAAAAUCUUUUGCAAAAGUGGCAUUUGGGAAUAUGCACUAUAACCUGCCUCCUUGGUCUAUUAGCAUUCUUCCUGACUGCAAGAACACUGUUUAUAACACUGCACGGGUUGGUUCACAGAAGGCACAGAUGAAGAUGACUCGAAUUCCCAUUCAUGGAGGACUCACUUGGCAAUCAUUUAAUGAAGAACCAGCAUCUACUGAUGACAGUUCCUUCACCAUGACUGGCCUAUUGGAACAGUUAAAUACAACUAGAGAUUUAUCUGACUACCUUUGGUACUCCACAGAUGUUGUGAUUGAUUCCAAUGAAGGAUUUUUGUGGAAUGGAAAGGAUCCUGUUCUUACAGUGUUAUCUGCUGGGCAUGCCUUGCAUGUGUUUGUCAAUGGUCAGCUAUCAGGAACUGCUUAUGGAAGCUUAGAAUUCCCCAAACUAACAUUUAGCCAGGCUGUGAAGCUCAGAGCUGGUGUUAAUAAAAUCUCUCUUCUAAGUGUUGCAGUUGGACUACCGGUAUGUUCUCCAUCACACACUCGCGCGCACACAUACACAAACGAUAUUAAUGUUGGUCCACAUUUUGAAACAUGGAAUGCUGGUGUUCUUGGCCCAAUUACAUUAUACGGUCUCAACGAGGGGAGAAGGGACUUGUCUUGGCAGAAAUGGUCUUAUAAGAUUGGUCUUAAAGGAGAAGCCUUGAGUCUCCAUUCUCUCAGUGGAAUUUCCUCAGUUGACUGGAUUCAAGGGUCUUUAAUUUCUCAAAGGCAGCCACUGACUUGGUACAAAACUACUUUUGAUGCUCCGGCUGGAACCGCACCAUUUGGUUUAGAUAUGGGCAGCAUGGGCAAAGGUCAAGUGUGGCUAAAUGGGCAGAGUCUCGGUCGCUACUGGCCUGCUUAUAAAGCAUCAGGUACCUGUGAUUCUUGUGACUAUGCCGGAACUUACAACGAGAAUAAAUGCAGAAGUAACUGUGGGGAGGCUUCUCAAACAUGGUAUCAUGUUCCUCAUUCAUGGCUAAAGCCAACUGGAAAUUUAUUGGUUGUGUUUGAAGAACUGGCUGGAGAUCCCAAUGGCAUCUUUCUGGUUAGGCGCGACAUAGAUAGUGUGUGUGCUGAUAUUUAUGAGUGGCAGCCAAAUCUUAGAAGCUACCAGAUGCAAGCUUCUGGCAAAGCUGACAAACCUAUUAGGCCUAAAGUGCAUUUAUCAUGUGGCUUUGGACAAAAGAUCUCGUCGAUCAAAUUCGCUAGCUUCGGUACUCCAGAAGGAUCUUGUGGAAACUUCCAUGAAGGAAGCUGCCAUGCUCACAAAUCAUAUGAUGCAUUUCAAAGGAAUUGUGUUGGACAGAGCUGGUGCACUGUAACAGUGUCACCCGAAAAUUUCGGAGGAGAUCCAUGUCCAAAUGUUAUGAAGAAACUCUCAGUGGAGGCUAUAUGUACCUGAUAGUUCCAUUAUUGUUAUGAUUAUUUUUUCCCCCUCAAAUUGAAUACAGGUUUAUCUGGUGAAGUAAAAGUUCACACUUUGUUAGAGCAGCAGAAGACAAGCAUUGAUUUUGGCUUCUUCCAAAGGUGAAGUUGAAGAAACCACAACACACCAUCUGGUUGAAAGCCUGUAGAGAUUGCAGACAUGAAUGUGGAUAUGUGUAUAUACAUUGGUGUUCUGCUUUUUAAUUGUUAUACAGAAAAGGUGAAAGAUUAAGAAGAUUUGGUAGAUGCACACUGAGACAUGCUAAUUAAGUCCAUGUGCAAUUGUUUUUUUUUUUUUUCUCUCUUUUAGUGUGGAAGCCUCUUGCUUCCUGUAAUAUUAUUUUCCAUUGUAAGCUUCAUUCAUAUAUGAUAUUAGCUUAAAAUUCA